AUGGGAUUGGACGUAGAGCUUGAACUCGGGGGCAUAAUAUCAUCUACUACAAAGUUCUUGAUGGAUGUGUCCAGGGUCCUGCCAAAAAAUGACGGAUUUACGCACAAGAUCCUGCAUAGACGAUCUAAGAAAUUUGCAAAUGACAUAAACUGCGAUCUUGUUAACAUGGACGUGCUAAUUCAGCGGUGA